CCAGCUUCAAGCCAGUGCAAUCCGAUCCAGUGAGGUCGAAGUCCGGCGAAAACUGCGGCGAAUCUUCUCGCAUCAAUUUCGCCACUAUCAAGCGACCGAGGAGGCUGUGAUGGCUGCCACGGAGCGACUGAACACGAUAAAAAAACACUUGCAGGGCUCGGAUCCCGGCGACUCCGGCGCUGGAGACGGAUCCAAUGCAACGGAGAACGGAUCUUGCCCCGCCGCUUCGUUUUCGGCGCAAACUACCAUCCCGAGGCGCAGGCAGGACCUCCUAAAGUGGAAUGGCUGGGGCUACAAGGACUCUAAAUUCGUGGUGGACGGAACGACGCACCACGUCUCGUUUACGGGCGACAGGUACAAGAUCGGGAACAAAACGCUUCCUCACUUCAAGAGCUGGGUGGAGUCCGCACUGGGAGUUGACCUGAGCGUUUUGCUGCCGGCCAAGCAACCUCCGUCGGACCAAGACCUGCCGUCCCCAGUCGUCAACGAGGCAUUUGUCGAUGGGGUGCGUCGUCAGGGCAUUGUGUAUUCCAGCGACGGCCAGGACAGGCUUUUUCGGGCCCACGGCCACACCAUGCGGGAGAUCUUCACCCUCAGGGAGGGUUGCUUCCCCCGCAUUCCCGACUUGGUGGUUUGGCCCACGUGUCAUGAGGAUGUCGUUUUCCUGGUCUCCAUGGCGAGCCAGCACAAUGUCGUUUUGAUCCCCUUCGGAGGUGGCACCAGCGUCUCCGGAGGUCUUGAGUGUCCCAGCAAUGAAGCGAGGAUGAUCGUUUCCCUGGACACCUCGCAAAUGAACCGAAUUCUCUGGGUGGACAAGAUGAAUCUGACAGCAAACAUUGAGGCCGGCAUCAUCGGGCAAGACCUGGAGCGGAAGCUGGCAGAGCACGGUCUGUGCACGGGACAUGAGCCGGACUCGUACGAGUUCAGCUCGCUGGGGGGCUGGGUGGCCACCCGAGCAUCGGGCAUGAAGAAGAGCGUGUACGGCAACAUCGAGGACCUGGUCGUGCACGUGCGCCUGGUCACGCCCAGCGGAGUGCUGGAGCGCAGCUGCCAGGUGCCCCGCCUGUCCGGCGGGCCCGAUGUCCACCACUUUGUGCUCGGCUCCGAGGGUACGCUGGGGGUGGUGACGCAGGUGACCAUCAGGGUGCGCCCGCUGCCCGAGUGCCAGCGGUACGGGUCCAUCGUCUUCCCAACGUUCGAGCCCGGCGUUGCCUGUCUCCGAGAGGUUACCAGGCAGCAAAUCAGGCCAGCCUCGAUUCGUCUCAUGGACAACACCCAGUUCAUCUUUGGCCAAGCCCUGAAGCCCGAGGCGAAUUCUCUGCUGGCGCCGCUCUGGGACGGCUUCAAGAGGUUCUAUGUGACACGUGUCAAGGGAUUCGAGGUGGACAAGAUGUGCGUGGCCACACUGCUCUUCGAGGGCAGCAAACAGGAAGUGGACAUGCAGGAAAAGCGGGUCUACGAGAUUGCAGCAAAGUUUGGCGGUCUGGCAGCCGGGGAAGAGAAUGGUCUGCGUGGCUACAUGCUGACUUUUGUGAUCGCUUACAUCAGGGACCUUGGCCUGGACUUUAGCGUCGUGGCUGAAUCCUUCGAAACUUCGGUUCCCUGGGACCGGGUGGUGGACCUGUGCCGCAACGUGAAGGACGUGAUCGUGCGCGAGUGCCACUCGCACGGGGUGUCCCUCCCCCCACUGGCGUCGUGCCGGGUGACCCAGACGUAUGACGCGGGGGCCUGCGUGUACUUCUACUUCGCCUUCAACUACACGGGCGUCCAGGACCCUGUGCACGUCUACGAGGAGAUCGAGGCAGCCGCAAGAGAGGAGAUUUUGGCGUGCGGAGGUAGCAUUUCCCACCAUCAUGGAGUGGGGAAGAUCCGCAAGCGCUGGCUGGAGCAGACCAUCUCGAGCACCGGAGUGCAGAUGCUGCGUGCGGUGAAGCAGAGCGUGGAUCCGCAGAACAUCUUUGCCAAUGGGAACCUCAUGCUGUAGCGGGCGCCCGCAAGACAACGACUCGCCAAACCACGCGGUCCAACAAAAACUGUCCUUUCUCGCGAGGGCCAAAGUGAACAAUAACGCUCGACGCCCCCUCGUGUCGCCGGGGGCACGGGAGGCCGCGUAAACGGCGCCCGCAUUCGUAAUAAUUGCGUCCCACUAGAGCGACAAACGGAAACAACCGACGCCUACGGGCCGCAAACACACCGAGGUAUCUUUGGCAGGCUUGCAAUCGGUCGCAACCAACGACGGCAUGAUCCUUCUAUGACGUCAUCAGGCGGAAAUCGAGGGAACACUUCUCUGGACGCGGUAAACAAACCGGUCCAAGACCCGUUCUAGGCACCAUAUCGCAAGCUACCUUCGUGUGCAAGCUGCGCUUGCUCGAGGCUGGUCGGUUAUGUCGCUCUAGUGGGACUUGGGCAUAACCAACAUUCGCACCAAACGUUCGUUCCCACGUCAUAUUCUUGGCCGUCUGUAGGUUCGACGAUGAGCCCAAAGUUGCAUUCGUACGAACGAGCACUGGCCGUUUUCUUUCACCUUUUUCUUUUAAUGUAACUGGUUGUUUUUUUUACAUUUCCCCAAACUGUGCCACAUUUUUUGGAUGUGAAUAGAACACUGACAUUCCCACUCUA